CGGAGCCCCCACUCACCGGGCGGCUGGGCGGCGGGCCUGGCUGGAGGAUUAUCUGCGGCAAGUGCUUGACUCCCAGGUGGCCCGAGCUGGCACCCGGGACCCAGCACCCAGUGUGGGCUGCUGUGCGAUGGGGAACGAGGGCGGAUCUUCCCAGGAGCCUCAACAAAAUGUGAUUAGGGAGAGAAACUCGCUUCUGCUGUUCUGGCUGCUGCAGAAGGGAGUUAUGUAAGGGCUCCUUCGGGUGACUUGGAGCAUCCUCCCCCAUUCUGGUCCCUGGGUCUCUGCCUGAACCCUAGAAGUGGGAGCCCAGACCUUCCACCCUGGCUUCUGGAAGGUCCCGGCCACGGACAUGCUGCCGGGGAGCAGGUCUGACUGUCAGGGGACCCAGACCCGCUUCAGCCAGGAGCCGGCCGACCAGACGGUGGUGGCGGGCCGGCGGGCCGUGCUCCCCUGCGUGCUGCUCAACUACUCGGGCAUCGUGCAAUGGACCAAGGACGGGCUGGCGCUGGGCAUGGGCCAGGGCCUCAAAGCGUGGCCGCGGUACCGGGUCGUGGGCUCCGCAGACGCCGGCCAGUACAACCUGGAGAUCACGGACGCCGAGCUGUCCGAUGACGCGUCCUACGAGUGCCAGGCCACGGAGGCCGCCCUGCGCUCGCGGCGGGCCAAGCUCACCGUGCUGAUCCCCCCCGAGGACACCAGGAUCGACGGCGGCCCCGUGCUCCUGCUGCAGGCCGGCACCCCGCACAACCUCACCUGCCGAGCCUUCAACGCCAAGCCGGCCGCCACCAUUAUCUGGUUCCGGGACGGGACGCAGCAGGAGGGCGCCGUGGCCAGCACGGAACUGCUGAAGGACGGCAAGAGAGAGACCACCGUCAGCCAGCUGCUCAUUAACCCCACAGACCUGGACAUCGGGCGUGUGUUCACCUGCCGCAGCGUGAACGAGGCCGUCCCGACCGGCAAGGAGACCUCCAUCGAGCUGGACGUGCACCACCCUCCCACGGUGACCCUGUCCAUCGAGCCACAGACGGUGCAGGAGGGCGAGCGUGUCGUCUUCACGUGCCAGGCCACGGCCAACCCCGAGAUCCUGGGCUACAGGUGGGCCAAGGGCGGGUUCGUGAUCGAGGAUGCCCACGAGAGUCGCUACGAGACUAACGUGGACUAUUCCUUCUUCACGGAGCCGGUGUCCUGUGAGGUCCACAACAAAGUGGGCAGCACCAACGUCAGCACCUUGGUGAACGUGCACUUUGCCCCCCGGAUCGUCGUGGACCCCAAGCCCACGACCACGGACAUCGGCUCCGACGUGACGCUCACUUGCGUCUGGGUGGGCAAUCCCCCCCUCACCCUCACCUGGACCAAAAAGGAUUCAAACAUGGGGCCCAGGCCUCCUGGCUCCCCACCCGAGGCUGCUCUCUCUGCCCAGGUCCUGAGUAACAGCAACCAGCUGCUGUUGAAGUCCGUGACCCAGGCCGAUGCCGGCACCUACACCUGCCGCGCCAUCGUGCCUCGGAUCGGCGUGGCCGAGAGGGAGGUGCCCCUCUACGUGAACGGGCCGCCCAUUAUCUCCAGUGAGGCGGUGCAGUACGCCAUCAGGGGUGACGGCGGCAAGGUGGAGUGCUUCAUCGGGAGCACGCCGCCCCCCGACCGCAUCGCCUGGGCAUGGAAGGAGAACUUCCUGGAGGUGGGGACCCUGGAGCGCUACACAGUGGAGCGGACCAACUCGGGCAGCGGGGUGCUGUCCACCCUCACCAUCAACAACGUCAUGGAGGCCGACUUUCAGACCCACUACAACUGCACGGCCUGGAACAGCUUUGGGCCGGGCACGGCCAUCAUCCAGCUGGAAGAGCGAGAAGUGCUGCCCGUGGGCGUCAUCGCGGGGGCCACCAUCGGCGCAGGCGUCCUGGUCACCUUCUUCUUCAUCGCCCUGGUGUUCUUCCUCUACCGCCGCCGCAAAGGCAGCCGCAAGGACGUGACCCUGCGGAAGCUGGACAUCAAGGUGGAGACUGUGAACCGCGAGCCGCUCACGAUGCAUUCCGACCGGGAGGAUGACACUACCAGCGUGUCCACUGCCACUCGGGUCAUGAAGGCCAUCUACUCGUCCUUCAAGGAUGAUGUGGACCUGAAGCAGGACCUGCGCUGCGACGCCAUGGACACGCGGGAGGAGUACGAGAUGAAGGACCCCACCAACGGCUACUACAACGUGCGCGCCCACGAGGACCGGCCUGCGUCCCGGGCCGUGCUCUACGCCGACUACCGCGCCCCGGGGCCCGCGCGCUUCGACGGCCGCCCCGCCUCCCGCCUGUCGCACUCGAGCGGCUACGCGCAGCUCAGCUCCUACAGCCGCGCCCCCGCGUCCGACUUCGGGCCGGAGCCCCCCGCCGCCGGGCCCCCCAACCCCGCGGGCGCUGACGGGGCGGGCGCGCUGUCCUACGAGAACUACGACAAGUUCGGCCCGCACCCGUUCCCCGCGGCGGCCGGCUUCCCGGGCUACCGGCUGGGCUACCCGCAGGCGCCGGCCGGGCUGGAGCGGACCCCGUUCGAGGCCUACGACCCCAUCGGCAAGUACGCGACGGCCACGCGCUUCUCCUACACGUCGCAGCACUCGGACUUCGGGCAGCGCUUCCAGCAGCGCAUGCAGACGCACGUGUAGGCGCGCGCCCGGCCGGCAGCCCUGGCCUUCGGGGAGCGGGUCUCCCGGAAACACCCCGUCCCGAGGAUGGUGCUCCGCAAGCCCCGGCCUCCCGGGCCUGCCCUUCCCUCUUCUUCGGGAGGAUGUGUCUCCUCCGACCUGUGCCCUCGUCCUGCGCCGGCGCGGCCCCUGGGAGCCAGGUGCGGGGGCGCGCGGGGCCCCGAGUGCGCGAGGGCCGCGCGCACAGGUGGGUGGAAACGCGGUGGCCCGCCCGGCCCUCGCAGUCCCUCCCGGGCUGCAGCAGGGACCUCGGGUCAGUGGGUGCGGGUUAGCGGGUGCGCCCCAGCUCGCAUCCAGCCCUCUCCAGCUGCCACCCGCGCGCCUGUGGGGAGACCUGCGCCUCGGCCUGCAGAGGAUCCAGAUUUCUCCAGUAGCUGCUUUCUUUCCCGUCCGUGCAGAGCCAGACGGUUAGAUGGGGGGGGGCGGCCGGGGGGGGGGGCACCGGGUGCUGACAGCCAGCCCCCUGGGACCCCUCUGCCCGAGCCCCUUCCUGCCCCGUCGCCCGCAUCCCGGCUUCAACUCUGGGGCCUGUGCCAGCGGGUGGCGUCGGGGUGGGAUGCCACAGGCUAGGUUUCAAAGACAACAACAACAACAAAAAAAACAAUGAAAACCUCAUUUGGGGAGACAAAAGAGCUGUAGGGAGUCCCCCCCGCCCCCCCGCACAGAGCCCCGAUGGGAGGGAAAGGGGGCACCCGUUCUCCGCCAGAUUCCCAGCACCGUCCAUUUACUCUGAAUUUCCAAGCACUUUGAAUCCAUUUUUAAACAUUCAGGUGGUAAGACCUGUCCAGAGGCUGUGACAGGCUCGGGGAGGGGCCCGGCCCUCAGACCCGCCGUCCCGCCGCCGCCGCUGGCAGGGAGGCUGCCACCCAGGGGAGCGGGCCGCAGUGUCUGGAGACAGCUUUGGGUUUGUUGUUGAGUGUCUUUUUUUUUUUUUAAUUUUGUUUCUUGGACCAAUCAGAUUCCUCCUUUCACUUCCAGUGCCUUGAGUGUCCAGCUUCGGUCGAGGGCCCGGUGUGGGGGGCCAGAGGGGACAGGUAUCGCCAGCCCCAGACGCACCGUCAGGUGUUGGCGGGAAAGGGGCCUGGAGGGGAGGGGAGGGCCACCCCGGGCAGGUGGCGCGGAAGGGCACUGCAGGCAGUCAUGCCCAUGCUGUCCCCACACGCACAUUCCACGCGGCCAUUCCCAGCCACCACCUCUGACCAAAGAGAACUGUGCCCCCGCCCGGGCUCCCCGGCACCCGCGUGCCCUCUCUCGUGGUCACCACUCAUUAGUCCUGUUUGCUUUAACGACUUACAUGCUCAUCAGCCACAGGCCAUCACCACCCUUGCGGAUGGGUCUGCGGGGUGACAUUCCUCACCCGCCCUGGGAGGGACGGACCAGCUAAUGCCCAGCCCGUGGGCUACCCCUGCGUGCCCCCCCCCGCAGCCACAGGGGCUCCAGCUGUGCCCGCCCCUCCCCCGGGAGCUGGCCCUCCCUCAGCGUCCCCCUGGGCAAACCCGGGACAGGCCUGGGAAGGGUGCAGGUUCCCGUGCGGGUGGAUUCCUGCCUGGCCUGACGGUCGUCGCAGAAACAAGCCGCGCGCAGCCCGGCCCGCUCACCUCUGAACACCACGAUGGCUUUUUUAAACACGAGCAUCCCAGAAACUGUUCAUUUGGACUCGGGGUUUGGCCACAUUGUGACUCCUCCCUUUCCGUGUCAGUGCUGGGCCCACUCGGCCGAAACGAGGACGCGGUGGCGCCCGGGGUCGCUAGCCGCUGGCCACCUCGGCUGACGGCUCAGGGACCGUGGGUUUCCAGACGCCUGUGAGCGGAGUCCCUUCCCCGCUCUGGGCACGGCUCGGGGGACCCCAGCACCCCAGGGCCUCCCCGCCCCCCACCUCUUGCAUGCUGGUCUGAUGGACGGCUGCCAUCCUGGUCUUGCUGUUCGUUUGGGGAGGUGGAGGCCCAGCACCAGGGUGGGGAGCGGGGGGCA